AUGUUUUUCCAAGCGAAUAACGAGUAAACCAUCCUACAAUGUGUUUAGUAGAUUGGACCUGCUGUUGGAGCUUAGUAAAUGCUUAAAUGGGAAUUCAAGCAUGCUUAAGAGGCUAUUGACAGUGGAGUUUAUAUUACAUGGGUUUGCGAUGAUUAAUCAAAAGGAGAUUGCUUUAGAAUCGGUUCUCAAUCUAAUUGCUUCUGUGGACAUCGAUUUAGCUCUCAUGAGCUGAUAUUGAAGAAAGCUCAAAAGACUAAUUGUAAGGAUUGUAAGUGUGCUGAAUUUAAAUUCAUGCCUCGAAGGCCUGAGGAAAUAGGACAGGGUCAUUUGCCUAGAAGAAAAGGUUUUGACAUCAAUGUAUGGAGACCAUCAUGCAAAUGCAAGCAUACUCAUGAACAGCAUACACCUGUUAAACCCUUUAAAUGCAAAGCUUGUGGUUGUGGACAAUUUGUUUCUGAUUUCGCUUGUAUAAAUUGCGAAAUGAAGUAUGAGGAUCAUUUCACAGUUUUCGAGCUUGAGAAAGAAAGAAAAGCAGCCAAGAAAGCUAUUAGAGAGGACUUCAUGCCUUUGGCUACAUCUCCCGAGAUACAGCAAGAGGUGAUGAAGAAAUUAAAACUAGAUGGUAGAACUGCCGAAGAGAGAUUUCUUGAAGAAAUUAAGCGAGGGGAUUAAGAAGAAUCUAAGCAGAUAGUACUUACUCUGUAGGAGGACGGGGCUGGGGGUAUUGCUCAGAGACCUUAAGUGCAAUAUAUAAUUGAAAGAAAGUAAAACUUUGCCCCAAAGCAAAACUUAGCUAAACCUGAGAAAUCAAUUUAGCUAAUGCAAUAGAGAGGGAUAGCCGGACUUGGAAAUACUACAAAUUAGACUGCAAAUACUGUAACGAUGAAGCCAAAAACUACAUCUGUACCAAAAGCUGGGGGAUUUAUGAAAUCCUCUGUGCCUAAAAUGUAAUGA